UUCCAGACAGGAAGUGACGUCAAAUAUGCAAUGAUGUCCGACAAGUUUUUUUUUCGAGUCACUUUUUAACGACAAAAGUUGAUUGUGAUGAUAUUUAUCGAGGAGAUCAAAAGAUUGCUUCAGCAGAGCAUUUAUUUUGUUUAACAUAAAAGAAGGCAAUCAACAACAAAAAGGUUACUCGGCAAACAUAUAAAAAGGCUAGACGUGAAACAUGAAGUCCGAACAUCUUUUUUUCUCCAUCCUGGCAUUUCUAAUACUUUGUGUGGCGAGUGGUCUGGGUGGUGAGUGGGGUCCCUGGUACGAGGACAAACACCGGUCAGGAAAGUGCAGCAUCACGUGCGGCGCCCAGCAAGGAGCUGUUCGGAGAGUCGUCAGGCGCAACUGCAGCAAGGACGGCCGACCCGCGAUGGAAACCGAGUGCACUGGUAUCGCUACAGUCGUCUCCACCAGACCGUGCCGGCCACAACUGACCGCAUGUCCCAAUGCAACUAGAGCCUCAGUUAAGCAAGAAGGAAGUCACAGUACUGUGCUCACCUGGACUGGAGUAGUCGUUGGUGUACUUGCAACAGCAUUCGUGGCCGUUGGCAUCGUUGUGUUCAGACUACAUCUGAACGACGAAGGCAACGACACUCGGAACAAGGUGACAUUUCCGUUUACCUUUUUUAAAGAGCCGCGCAGUGACUUCAUCCGUGAUCAGAAGUCGGAUAUCGUGAAACACAACCUGUCGUUCAUACAGGACAUCGACAUCAGUCAGUGUGACAGUCUGCCCAAACCGGAAACCUCUCAGAGUCAAGCAUCCUCCUAGAUGACGCGACCCUUAAUAAAUCCAGGACUCAGGCUUAUAAAAGGUUUCCUCGAUGACGCGACUAUGAAAUCCAGGACUCAUGCUUAUAAAACGUUUUCCUUGAUGACGAGACUAUGCAAUCCAUGACUCAUGCUUAUAAAACGUUUUCCUCAAUGAAGCAAUUAUGAAAUAUUGGACUCAUGCUUAUAAAACGAUUUCAUCAAUGAAGAGACUAUGAAAUCUAGGACUCAUGCUUAUAAAAUAGUUUUCUUCGAUGACGAGACUAUGAAAUCUAAGACUCAUGCUUAUAAAAUGUUUUCCUCGAUGACAUGACCUUUAAAUCCAGGACUCAUGCUUAUAAAACGUUUCCGUGAUGACAUGACUAUGAAAUCUAGCACUCAUGCUUAUAAAACGUGAUAUCUAGGACUCAUGCUUAUAAAAAAAAAUUAUACUGCCAAAACCAGAAACAACUCGGGCCAGUCGUCUUCCAAGAUAACAAAGACUAUAAAACUUGUUUACACUAAAACCAGAAACCUUUCUGGGCCAGUCAUCUUCGUGGAUGACAACACUAUUAUAUUCAGGACUCAUGCUUAUAAAACAUUUUUAGACUCUGCCAAAACCUGAAACAUCUCAGGGCCAGUCAUCUUCCUACGUGGCAAGACCCAUAAAUCCAGACCACAUGCUUAUAUGGUUAAAAAUAUCUUAGUACAUAUCAAAGUGAUACGUCCCACUAGAACGCCAUGUGGGACGUAACACUUCGACAUCACACAACGAUGUCAACUAAACGAGUUGACCUAUAUAAAGUAAGAUCGAUUAUGGGUAAUAAAUAGGAUAUUAAACUCGCAACCAUUUUGUAUCAUGUUUAUGUCCCGAGUGAAAUAAUUUUCAUUGUCACUUGCUAAAGCUCGUGACAAUUGAAACUUAAUUCACUCGGGACAUAAACACAAUAUGAAACAGAAUUUCGUUUAAUAUCCCAUAAUUAUUACACUGCGGUGGAAGAGAUACCCAUGUGAUAUUUAUCGUGUUUUCACAUGUGAAAAUACGCCUUUUGAGAGGUCAUGACCUCAGAUCAGGUGAUCAAUCGUGUCACACAGUACAUCUGCAUAGGUGUGCACAUGCAUAGUUCAUUCGAUUCACAUUUUUAAAUGGGGAAAAACAAGUUGUCAAUAAAACAUAUAUUUUAA